CUUAAGAACAACAAAAUAAACAUUUUAUCGUAAAUUUACUGUUUUAUUAUCGACAAUGCAAAGAUUUACUUAUCUACAGUACCGCGUGGCGAGUUGUUUUCCAGUAAUAUGCUAAAUCCUGUAAGACCAUCGGUCUCUAAUAAUAUUUCGUCGGAGUUCUCGAUAAUAAAAUAAUAACUGGAUGAAGUAAAAUAACCGUACGAAUUAAAUAAUUCGUGUAAUUAUCUUCGAUCCAAUCAAACGGCCGAUUUCUACGCUUGCUAUCAUCGCGAUGACGGAUACACGAAGCUGGCAUGGUGAUAACAGUGACGUGCAAUGUCAGUACGAGCUGACUAGCAAAGACAAAGAAUACGCGGCAGUGCAUCUGAACGAGACCGACGAAAAUAGAGAAAAAGCAAUCGCAGAGAUUAAACGUUGGAUCGAAAACAGCGAUGAUUUAUACGGACGAACAGUAUUUUAUCCAAAGAGAGCUCGUAAUUUGUCCAUAGAUGACUUCUUCAUCCUGCAAUUUUUGAGAACCUGCAAAUUUAAUAUUGAGAAAACUAAGAUCAGGAUGCGAAACUAUUAUCAGCAGCGGCACGAUCUACCAGAAUGGUCCACGAAUAGAAAUCCGUUCCUGCCGGAAAUGCAAGAGCUGCUUAACCUGGGGGUAUUUUUGUUCUUACGGAAGCUAGAUAAUCAGGGAAGAAUGGUGCUUAUUAUACGCCAAAAACAACAGAAUCCGGAUGUGCAAAAAUUAUUGGACUUAGUCAAGAUCGGUAUAAUGAUUAUGGAUGUGAUAACGAAGGUUUACGUUCCACUAUCCUUGUAUGGUAUCACGUUGUUCAUAGACUUGGACGGCGUGACUGCGCGUUACUUGAAGCAAUUGCAUCCCCGCAUCGUGAUGAAUAUAGUUCACGCAUGGCAAGGUUGCUAUCCUAUCAGACUCCGAUCGAUUAAUUACAUCAACGCGCCGAUGUAUGUUCACAUAGGUAUAUCGAUUUUCAAGCAUUUCAUGAACGAGAAGUUGAAGCAAAGAUUGCAUGUCUAUACACCCAAUGAAACUAAGAUGCAUAAAUGCUUCGAAGAUAUCCCGGCUGAUAUCCGACCGCUCGAGUAUGGUGGCACCGAUAGUACAGCCCAAGAAAUAGCAGAACAUACAAAGAAACUGGUCGAGAAGUAUCACGAUUGGUUUAUCGAUGAUGAAAAAUACAAAAUUAUUUCUAAGCAAGUAAUUGGAGAUAAGUCACAAUUAAAUGAUAAUUCUACGAAUAAACAAAAAUAGAAUAGAAAUUGCGAAAAAUCGAAAAACAUGGAUUAAUUGGCGAUGAAACUAUACUGAGCGAAGAAUAGAGAUGUGAUUGUCAUUACGAUGCAACGAGUAAAAUGGGAUUGAAACUUUCUCAAUUUUGUUUAUAUAAGUAAAAUAAAAUAUACAUUUUUUAUACACAUGUUUUUACAAACUUUUCUUUUGAAUCGCAUAUCUUCGUUGACUAUCGGACAAUUUAUUUUUCUUCUUUGUCAUUGACGAAUUUUCGAUGGCGCAUGCAAUUUCUCUUUGACAAAAAAUGAACAAAGAUCUACGCAUAAAAAAAUUGUAUUUUACAAGCGAAAAAAAAAAAACAAAGA